CCUUGCCUCCCAGCGUACACACACACACACACACACACACACACACCCCUCACAUCUCACAUCUCACAUCUCGUAAAUUCAUUUUCUUCCUUGUUAGCAGCCAAAGCUGUGCGUUUCUGUGUAGUGAGAUCCAGCGGUUGGCAGAGGGCUGUUUAAGUGAACGCAAUGGGGAAAAUAGAGUGGGCGAUGUGGGCCAAUGAGCAGGCUCUGGCUUCAGGACUUAUUCUCCUCGCUGGAGGCAUUGUGGGGGUGGCUGGACAGUUCAGAGGCUGGCAGUUUGCUGCUUAUGCUGUUGCUGCUGGGGUGUUUGUGUGUCUACUUGAGUACCCUAGAAGCAAGAGGGCCAAGGGCACAAGUGUAGAGAGAACGGGCCAGUACUGCUUCACCGUGUGUGUGAAAUCCUUUGGGCCAUUGACAAGAAACUAUUACGUUAGAGCUUUUUUACAUGCCGCAAUCUGUGUACCUGGAGGUUUUAUGCUUGCAACUGUCCUCGGAUGUGUCUGCCUCGGCAUUGCUAGCCUCAUCUAUCUUGCAGCAGCUAUCCGAGGUGAACACUGGGAACCUAUUCUUCCACAGAAGGAGACAACUCGAAAGACGGACCCAAUCAGCGUGAGGAAUCCCCCGGAGAUGCCACCACCGAGACCUCCUCCUGAGGUGCGCAGGAAACGGGUAGACGACCUGGAGGGAGCAGCCUAUGACAACCCAAUCCCUGUUAACGACAAAUGAAUAGUGAAGCUAGUCUAGACUGGACUAGAUGUUGGGUCCACACCAUACCUCAACCUGCAGAGAAAUACUUUU